GAGGCUGGACUUAGCAGUUUCGGAACUGCGAAUUACGCCAAUGACGUUUCUACUUCCUGGUUGAUCCCUUACCUUCUUUGAAGUAACCACGCAACGCAGGACUACUCGAGAGGCUGCCGCUCUACUCUUAGUUCAGUUUUCUGAGUCCAGAGAACUGCAACGGCUUUUUGAGUAGUCACUGUUGAUCGAAGUGUGCGACAAGUAAGAGUGGCUGUGAAUCAAAGUCGAUAUCAUGAAACAAAUGAAGCUGUCAGAAAAAGAAAGGAGCAUUGAAUAAUGUGCAGAGUGCACUGGUCAACCAAAAGACUGGACUGGUCUGGACUGAGAGCAGUUGAGGAGUACGGAGUACACGGAGUACAGUCGGAGAACGCUGAGUGUUGCCGGUCGGAGCGCGCAGAGUACACCGGAGUACACCCGGAGUACAGCCGGAGUACGCGGAGAACUUGCGACAAAAACAGCCGGAGUACAAUCGGAGAACACCUGGAGUACAUUUUGGCCUGUACACAGGAGCCGCCCAGUCAUCCACCCCUCGGGCCUGAGGCAAUUCAACUGCACCUAGAAAAUCAGUUUAAUAAAUUAAGGAAAUUACCGUUUACAUCUAACCAAAGGAAUAUUUUGAUUUUCAUGGAAGGCUGGUCAUUGGAUCAAGGAGAACCCAACUUUGCAACAAAUUAAUAUCCCUUGGAAUAAUGCACGCAAGCGCGGUAGUGUAAAGAUGCAGGUAACCGAGGAGAAUCAGCCACCUGAUACAUAAAUUCUGUACU